GUUCCUCAGCCUUCGCAAACCCUAGCUUCGUCGUGCAACGUAGUAGGGCUUCUUUUGCCAUUGGCUGCUGGCUAGUUUCCAUGAGAGGGAGUCCCCUUGUAGAAGAUGCAACCAACAUGGGAUACGGUGACGUUUAAGCGACCAUCUGAGAAGCAUGUGGACCUUAUGGAGAGGAAAACGUGUUAGGAUUCAGUCAGAAAAUCUGCUUGAGGACGUCACUAAAGCGAUCGCGGAGAUGGGGUUGGGGGUCGAUGAUCUGAGUGGAAAGGGCAAGGCGCUGCCAGAAAAGGAAAGCGAGGAUUGGAAGAUGUAUGCGAGACUGAAAGUUCUUCUGCGGACCGAGGAGGACAAGCUGGUGGUGCAGUUGUGGCCACGGGGGGCGUUGGAUGCGCUGCCGGACAAGACUCGGAAUGAGCUACGCAUCCUGUCGUUCUGUGACAUACCUCAGGAGAAGAGGACUACCAGAAUGAGACCAGACGACCUCUGGAUUUUGGUCGAAGAUCCCAUUCCUGCGGACCUGCUGCCUAUCGUUAAUCUCUGCAUGAAGCAGUGGGACGAAGCUGAGGCUAUGCUGACUUGCGUGAAAGGGAAGAAUCUGAGCAGCCCCCAGCUGGACGCGCUUUACAGCACGGCCUACUCUUUGAAAGUACCCUCGAUGGCAGGCUUGAUUGCUGCUGUUGACAGCGGAGACCUGAAGGGGAAGUCCACACUAGAGGAACUUCGAGAAGAAGAAGAGCGACACUCGAGACGAUCCGCUAAGCUAGGGGUGCGAAGCGGAGCUGUGCAUGGCAGUACGGACGCGCAGUCUGAUGCAACGGCUCAGCACAGCGGCGCACUACGGCUGCCUCUUGUUCCUCAGGAACCAUCUUCUCCGCUGUCCAAGCAGCUGCAGGAUACCCGUACAGAUGCUCCGGUCGAGGGCGUGCCAACGCUCCUCAAAUUCACAAGUAGUUCAGGGGUACGGGACACCAUCUGUGUAUACAUCGCCUCGAAGACGGCACAUGGGUCAGCGUCGGCUCUUCUUUCUCAGCUUGGAUGCACAUAUAUCAAGAUGUGGGACCGUGCCUACUUCACACUGCUGAUGGAGCAGCUGAAGUGGGACAUGGAGGAGCUAGGAGAGGGCGGAAAGGAGAUACGGGGAAAGGAGGUCCAUUCGUAUGACACGAUCAUAGGCCUCCUUGAGAAUGCGGGCAACAAGGCUCUGAAGGCCUACAAGGCCAACGGGACCAAGAAUCUUAUGGCGUGUCUGCUGGACACGAGGCCACAUGCUUCCUAUGCCGCUGCGCUGACUGAUAUCCGGGUAGGAGGUCCUUCCGCUGACCCGGACAGGCUGGCUGAGACGACUCCCGUCAUGUUCGAAGUAAAGCCUACGGACGCAAUGGAGGACGAGAAGAAGGUCGAGGACCUACAUGGGCAGGUGAAAAUUCAGUACAUCGUCGGGCUGCCAGCAUCACCAGUACCCCCCUUGGCCAUCGCUGGGGAUUACAGCACGAAGAUGUACGUGGCGUUCGCCAUAAUGCAAGAGUCCGUCAGGAUGAAGGGGCAAGAGUGCUGCUUCGUGUCCUUUGAGCUCCCCCCCCCCUUAGUGGUCGGCCUCGUUAGGCACUGGAUCGGACUCACUGAGGACUUCUUGUCCGGGAACCAGAGCGCUUUUCCCGCAUCCAUCGAGAUGGCAUGGCUGAGGCUGAAAAACACUAUCCAGACCCCGUGCAAAAGCAUCGAAGAAGCUCGGGCAGCGUCAGUAGCGCUCCAUCAAGCAAGAAGCAUGGCAGAGAACGAAGACCCGCAGUCGGAACCGGACGGGACGAUACAGGCACUGGGGGCCGCCCUUGAGGGCAGAGAGAUCGCCGGAUUGGAUGUCGAGGAGGUUGGCCCCUGAAGACAGCAUGGAUGCGUUUCAUGAUAGGACUGUAGAUCAUCAGCGAAGAAGACGUGGGGACCUUCUCCUCGGAAAAAGAGGAGCCAUCAGACCAUAUUCUGAUUCAUCUUAGGAGAGGAUCACGAAAAGUCAUCAAGCGACAUUGUUCAUGUUCAGGUGUUCAGAUCCGGAUGAGGCGAUGCUGUGUGAAUGCGUCAGAUUUUCACAUGGAAGAGAUUGUGUGUGGUUCGAGUA